UCCUCCGUUAGAUCUCGGGCUGUCAGUAUUGUUGGUUGUCCGAUGACAGUCUAUACUAGUCUCGUGUUGGUUGGUGGAUGUGUUGUGAGUGCGACUGUCUUCACCAUGCUAAACAUUAUGGCUUAUCAGUGCUUCACUUCAGCGCCCGUGCUUCAUAUAGUUACAACGUGAUUCUUUUUCUUAUCCGAAAUCGACGUAAAUUAGAUUCUAGCUUAGCUUUGAAUCGUGGAAAUGUAUCAAGUGAUAUAAAUAAUGCUUGAUUGUCCAAAUUGGAAAACGCUUGCUAGGCGUAACUGUUGUUUAAUUGAUGAGGCUAAUCUUUUUGAACUUUCAAUUAAAUUAACUUUAUAUGCAAUUAAAUACUAAGAAAGAUAACGUACUUAAUCAUGGUUGAAUAUUCCUCUAUCAAUCAUAAGCGCCCGUGCUUCAAAAAGUUACAUCGUUAUUCUUUUUCUUAUCCGAAAUCGACGUAAAUUAGAUUUUCGCUCAGCUUUGAAAUGUAUCAAGUGAUAUAAAUAGUGCUUGGUUGUCUAAUUUGGAAAACGCUUUCUAGGCAUGACUGUUGUUUAAUUGAUGAGGAAAAGAAAUGCAGAUCGGAAAACAUAUCCAUUUAAACAUAGUUUUCAAUUGCUUUUGAUGCUUAUCAAUCCAAAAUUUAAGAAACUAUCUAUACGAACCUAAGUGACAGUUAAGUGCGUGCUUCAAUUAAAUAAUGACUGGAUUCUUAGAACUAGCUGUUUUUGGUGGUCUUUUAUGCUGGAUUUUCAGUGAAAGCCUUAGAGCAAUGUUGGACGUGAUGUCGACGCGGGUGCAGGAGAUGUGGGGUGGAGGGGUGGGCGGAGGAGCAGGGGGGCUGCGGUCAGCAGUGCAGGUGCAGCGCAACCGCAGACGCGAGCAGCAGGCUAGGACCAAGGAGCUGACCAAGCAGUCGCUUGACCGGCAACUGUUCAACAUCAAGGAGGCAGAGUGGCCGUCGCUGGUCGACAAAGGCCGCCCCUUCACUGGUCUCAGCUGCUCCUCUUGCACGCCCAGUAGUCGGGUGAGCUGUCAAUUGAAUAAAAGCUAGCAAUUGCUAGUUCCA